AUGACAAAAAGUUCCGGACUACGUACCGCGGGCGGUCGAGUUCACUCGGACGCGUCUCAAUAUCAACCCACCAGCCUGAUACGAUCAGGGCAUGCACGUCAAACGUUAGCUCGCUCCGGUCUGUUCUCCUCCGGUCUGAACAUAAUAAACAUUCCCCGUUCACCUCGUCCCGAAUCGGAACCAGGUGUUUGGCCGCAGCCGCGGGUUUCACAAAAUCGUGACAGCGCUAAUAAUCACAAUAAUAGUGGCAACACAGUAGAUGAUCAGUCUGUGUACGCGAAACGACGUCCACCGAGUAUUUCCCAACAUUCACGACACUAUCGAAACGAGACACGGAAAAAUGGUCGCUCACGAGAUUCCGGAUCCAAUCUGUCCCAGUCCAGUGAUGCCAUCCCCGUCGGACCACGAGGGUCCGUGGAUAGCGGUUCCAAAUUGUCGCUCAAAAAUCAGGAAGCGGCUAGUAUGGAGAAUUUGCAUUCCAUAUCAAAACAUUCCGGAUUGGGUAGACAUAAAUCAUCCAGUUAUCCCAAGUUCAUGAAUACGUCGACACGGUUAUCGUCGGGCAAUACCAAUGUACUCAUGCUAGAAAAACUACCCAGUGGUUUGGUUCACUAG